UAAAGAUGAUAAUAUAAGUUUAUUCUGAUACUGCGGACCACGAUGUGGAGAAUAAAUAAUUAUGCAUAUGUAUCUGUGAUUAAAAUAUAAAUAAAUAUACAACUAAUAAACAUUAUAUUUUUUAUUGAUACUAAAUAGUAAAUACUAAAAUACCUAUAAAGUUCAGUAUUCAGGGACAGCACAGAACAAUCAACAAUGGUGACCGUCAAUAAAAGUUAACUAUGUGUAACUCUGUUUUUUUUUUACUAAUAAACCCUCAAUAUACACCUUAUAUGAUAUUUUUUUGGUAUUUUAGUAUAACAUGCUAAUGUAUACAAUAUUUUUAUUACAGAAUUCAAGUAUUUCAAAUCAUAGUAACUGUUUUAGAUAACUAAACUGAUUUUUUAUUUAGUUACUUUUAUAAAAAAACUAAUUGAUUGAUUUAAGUUAGUUACAAGUAUGUGGGUGUCUACAAAAAAAACAUUUAAAAACGCUCCAAUGUUUUUUCAAUUCUGUCGAAAAGAUGAUUUUUGUAUUUUUAGUUUCACCAAUAUGAAGCAAUUAUACUCAAAAGAAAUACAUGAACCUUCAUUUGCUGCAAUUUUUUCACCAACCAAUAAAAUUGAAGUUGAUGUUAAAAAUGUUGUUGAAUUUUUGGAAAAUAUUGUAGAGAUGGAUAAUGUAAAUUAUAACUUUUAUCCAGACAAAUUGAAUAUCAAGACAGAUCUGACCAUUACUCUAUCAGAUGGGUUUCCUCCAUUUAAAUUGGAAUUUGAAUCGGAAUUAAAAGAUGAAAAUAUUUUUUAUUCCACAUUCACUUACCCAUUAUUAAAAAUAAUAAAACAAUUAAAACAAAACCAAGAAGACUUAUUCAAUAUUAUUCAAAAAAAGGAUUUGGAAAUUUCAGAAUACAAAUUAAGAGGAGGCAAUAUUACACAUGAAAACAUUAAAACAGAUGUUUUUGAGAAAGAUAAUUUCUUUAUGAAUACACUGUUGAAUCAUAAAGAAUUAUGUAAUGAAAGCCUACAUUUAUAUGAAAUAUAUUCAUCUCCACUUAUUGAACAGUGCGAUACCAGACAUUCUGAUGAACACAAAGAGUUAAAGAGCAUACCCACUAUAGAGAAAAAUGAAGAAAUUCCAACAAUUAAUUCAAAUAAUAGUAUUGACCAUAAAGCUUCAAAGAGUUCAACUACGGUAGAAAUAACACACCAAUCAAUAAAUGUUAAAAAGCGGAAAAAAUCCUCGUUCUUAAAAAGUCUUUGAAGGUAAUAUUUAUUAUGUAAAAAUGAUGUACAAAAUAAAAUUAUACUUUUUUUAAUCAAAUCAUUUAUUGGCAACAAAAUAGAAUAUUUAAUAAUUGGUCAGUCUAACCAAUUAUUAUUACACAUUUUAUAAAUUUGACAUGUACAAAAUGCUUAUUAUCUUAAACUAGAAAAAAUAUUUAUUUUAAGAACCAGUCUCAAUGUAUUCAUUCUGUGGUAUCAAAUGUUUAGUAAUUUAAUUAAAAUUCAACAUUUUUUAAACAAUUAUUGUAAAUUAGUAGCAAAAUGUUAUGUUAACGGUACAAUACUUCUAAACCAUUGAUUAUUUUUGAAAAUAUAAAGUAUCAAUACAGUUGUACUAUAUUGUUGUUUAAGGUUACCUAAGAUGUUCAAAUAUAAUAUUAAGAAUAAGAAAAUGGUAACUAGUUGUUUUUUGGCUCAAUAAUUGUAUUUUGAUUAUUAGAAAUAAAUAAAUGUGCAUGUACAAGAAAAAUAGAGUAAGAUGACUUGAAAACAUAAUUGAGAAGUCUAAAUAUAAUCACUGGUUUUUUGGUACUGAACUUUAUGUUAAAUAAUUAAACAUCUAAAUUCAUUAACAAAAAAA